AUGGCCGCGCACGGGAUCGCCCCGAGCCUCCUCGUCUGCAGGCUGAGCCGCCCCAGCUCUCCCGGAAUCCCAGCCAUUUCCCACGCGGUGCCGAGGAGGGGAGGGGAUGCGGGGGGAGGAACGGGGCCGGCGCUCGCAGUGCUGCGACACGGCCGUUUGCGCCGCCCCGUCCUUACCCGGCGGUGGGCACGGACACGGGGGGGGGGGGCGGGAGGGGGCGGGGGGUGUUACCGGAGCUGCAGAAACGACCGCGGGCAGAAGCGCCUAGAAACGAACGGGAAACGUUUAAUCGACGAACGCACAGAGCGACAAACAGAGACACGACCGCGUUCCAAGCCGGCUCCCGUCCAAACGGCGACUGCGCAGGACGGCUCGGUGCCGACCCGGGAGGGACGGGCCUCCGCGCCGCCUUCCCCUGAGCGCCCGGCGUCCCCGAAGCACGGCGCGGGCGGCGGCGAGGACACGGGGCGGUGGAGCGCCGCAGCUCCGCCAGCACCAUCGCCGGGGCCCCGCGGCCGCAGCCGCAGCCGCCAUUGGCGGAGAGGCCGCGCUCGGCCAUUGGUCGUGCCGCGGAACGGGGCGGGCGCCGCGCGCGGGGUCCUUUCGUUCCGCGGUUGCGGCGUCUUUGCGUCAUCGCCGCGCGCAUCCCGGAAGGCCGCGGCCCGGCUGCCCACGCCGAUGCCUGUCGCCGCGCGCCCUCUCCACCGCCCGUCAGCACAGGAGCUGCGGUUCUGGCGGCGGCAGCAGGAACUUAGCGCAGCCCUGCAGAGAGCGGUCCGGCAGCACGGGAAGAAGAAGACGGCCGUGCAGUGCGAGUGCCUCAGCGGUGUCUGCAGCAGGUUUUUACUGCAGGCCUAUCCAGUACCGAGAGCAAACCAGGCAUAUACCGUCAAGGCACUCACUAAACUGAUGUCUGCCUACGGGACACCUCAAGUCAUCGAGAGCGACCAAGGGACUCAUUUUAUGGUGCAACGAUACAGUGCUGGGCAGAAGAAAAUAACAUUGUGGCGUUUCCACCUGCCGUAUAAUCCAACAGGGGCAGGCCUCAUUGAACGUUAUAACGGUAUUCUUAAGGCUGCCCUGAAGACAGACUCCCAGUCCCUGCAGGGGUGGACGAAAAGGCUGUAUGAAACCCUGCAGGAUCUGAAUGAAAGACCUCGAGACGGCAGACCCAGUGCCCUGAGAAUGUUGCAGACGACAUGGGCCACCCCGCUUAGGAUCCAAAUUACGGGCACUGAUCAUCAGGAUAUUUUUGCAGUGUGUGUGACAAAAUAUACACACAUACACCUACAUACAGAGCAUGCGUUCCUGGAAAGGUUCAUCUAGAGGAUAAGUGAUGUAAACUAUCAGAGAUCUUCCCCAAGUUAAUUAGAAGGACUGAGAUGGUAAGCUAAAGAACACAAGAGGUAAGAUGUAAGGGGUCCAUAACAUCGCCUGGUUAUGUUAACUCAAAAGAGGUCACAAGUAGCAUCGCUUUGUUUAAUCUUUUGCUAACCCAAGGGAGAUUUAUUGUUUAGUCUAACCGUUUUGUCAGCCCAGGCGUAUUCUAAUGAAUAUGUAUGGCUUGGCUAAGGAAUGUAUCGAGACCCCACUCUGUGGUGUGCAAGCUAGGAGGAGCGAUCCCCCUGGCACCCGGCGUGUGGAGCAGCACUGAAAUAAACGUAUCUGCUCUUUAACCUUAUGUGGGUUAGAGAGUUUGAUUCUGCAAAUCAGGACUCCCAAAAAGAACUAUGAUAGCAGAGAUCAUGAGAUAAAAAAAUAUAUAUAUUAUUCAAUUCUAAUGCAGAAACAACAUUUGAUUCCCACAGAACCAUGUUAAUCAUUACUCUCAAAGUGUGUAUCUACUAAAAAGCUGCAAUGUUUGAGGCCUGCAAAAUGAUUUGCGUUCGCAGACUGAUCAGUACUUAUCGGUUCCUUCUUAGAAGCACUGUGCUCUCUGCCAACCCAGAUGUUGUGGUUUCGUGAUUUGUUUGUUGUUGUCAGUGUUCCACAUCAGAACAUCACGUGGACCAGCGGGAGUUAACGAGUGAAUGUUCUGGUUCCUUUUGCUGCCUUUUGUGGACUCUUUGAGUGUCCUGAUGGGAAGGGAGGGGGCGGCAUCCCCGGAGGACGUGGAGGGCAGAGAAAGUGGCGGGGAGCUGCGGUCGGGACCCGGAGGUCUGCCCCUCUCCGUCCGGCCUGGCUCAACGUCUCAGCUCGCCGCGGAGAAAGCGCGUGCUUUCGUCGCACUAUCGCGAUUUGACUCUCACUUUUUGAGUCCUGUCUCUCUCGUUUUGUUUGAUUUAGUUAGAUUCAGUAAAUUACCCUUCCUCAGAUCGCUGCCGUUGUGCCAGCUCUCUGCCCUUCCCCCUCUCCCGGAGCGCACGCAGCCCGGGGCCGGACGGCUGGCGACAAACCAUUCGUACCCUUUUUCCCUCUUCUUCCCGGGGCUGUGCCCCCCCGUCACGGGCUUCUAUCUAAGAAUAACCCAUGACACCAAAAAACACCGGCAGUUCUAAGGUGGUUCGUUUGAGUUAGUGCAUCUAUCCAAAUCUCAAGGGGAAAAAAAAAAAGAACAAAAAAAAAAAGGAAAAAAAUGCUUUUAUAAUCAGAAAUUGAAUUGUUCCCUAGUGAUGCAGACAAGAGUUGAUUUUUUUGCAUAUAACUUUACUUCCGGAAACAGGGAAUGUAUUGUCUCCCCUCCUGUGAUUCUUCAAUCCUAUCAAAUGUUCAGUGAAGACCUUUAGAAAUGUGUCCGUUACAUUUCUCCAUUUCUAGUUUCCAAAAACUACAGGAACCUUAGCUGCUCAGAUGCCAUGUUAGGAAAAGGCAGGCGAGAAGGGAUGAAUCAGGUCUUUGUCUAAUGACUUUUCUCUCCAUGAAAAUAAAGCUUUGACUGAAAUUUAAGAAUUUAAUCUCACCUAUCAUCUUCAGUCUAAGGUGGCUGAUAGGCCACCAUUUCACCACGGAGGGUGCUGAGAAACAAGUUCAGGAUUGCCUACAAAUGGAAUAGAAUGAUUUGAUAAACAGCAUAAAAAUUGUUGCAAAAAAAAGUCAAAAGUCAUGCUCUGUCUAGGAAAAAAGGAAGGAACCAAAUCUCUGAAUCCAGUGGGUAAAUAUACAGCUACUUGGUAUUAUUUGCAGAGAAGUAAGAAUUUUAGCGCUUUUGAAUUUGUCUGAUUCAUUUCUCCUUAGUGUUGGAAUGAUCAGUUUUUGGGUUACCCAGUAGAUGAGAUGUACUCUUAAAAUGAAAUUCUACAGUUUCUUAGAAGCUGAGAGAAAUCAUUCUAAACAGAAUUUAUGAAAAACUCGGAGCAUACAGUAUAUCAUUCUGAUUACAGAGGGAGAGGACAAAGUGAGCCUACAUAAAAAAGAAAAAAAUGAGAAGGUUUGUGAGCUGUUACUUCAUCGGUGCAUCCAAGAGCAGCUUCCUGUUACUCUACCUGAUGAAGCAGUAUCUUUUCUCAGAACCAGACCCAGGUUUCAUCCCAGUUCUCCCCCAGUGUGAUGCUGACAUCAUGCAACAAGGAGAAGUAGCAUUUCACCCCCAGCACAAGGGAAAUGUGAGGCAAAAGGGCAAAUCAUUUAAAAAGAAUGAGUUAGAAAAGACACACCAGCUUGAUUUGUUGUUGCAAGGAUAUUGCCAUGAUCAAAGUACCUACUGAGAGGUACUGAGAGAGGAGGAAGGAUGGAAGGAUUUGGGUGUGAGUUUUCAGGAUUCUGAGCAGUUCUGUGCUCACUGCAUAAUCACCUCAGGCCUCGCAGGGCAUUCCAGUAGCUCUUCUAUUGUUCUUUAUUUUAUUGCAUUAGCGAGGGACUCAGCAUUACUUACGUGAACAUAUAUGAUCCUUAAAACCUGGCAGAAGAGCAGGUUGCUCUGAAAGUAACUUAUUAGAAUACCAGCAUCAUGUACACAAAAAUAUUUCUGGACACAUAGAGGAAAACAUGAUGCACAGAAAGAUACAGCAAAAUAAUGUUCACACGUGUGGUCUACAUUCUUAAAAAUGUAUUUUUUUCUAUUUGCUCGUGUUAAUGAAAUUUCUAUGCUCUAAAAAAAAUCCCUAUAGCAUAUCUCAAAGUUAAAAAGGCUGAACUCUUCUAGAUCUGAUUGAGUUUCUACAGAAUCCCAGCAAGCUGUGAGAAACAUUUAGCACUGCAUGCAAAUAAAUGCCUGUCUUUUUAAUCAAAAGUGACCCUGUCACUGAUGGCUAUGUUUCAGCUCUUCAACUAAAGGUUUUCAGAAUUAAGUUUUGAGAUCUGCUCAUUAAAGAAAAGAUCCGGCUACGGGUGGUCCUUGUACUUGAGGAAAUCAGCAUAAGGGAAUUUGUUUAGAAAAAAAAAGUAACAAAAAAAUCAUAGAACCAUAAAAUCCUUAGAGAGAGAUGAUUUUGUGCUUCUAAUGCAUUUGGAGUUUUCUUGAUCAGCAGCUUCAUCAGAUCCAUUUGUCCUGCCUCACCUAGAACAGAAACACAUGGCGCUGGCGUGGGUCUGCAGAGUUCCCCUGCUGGUUGUUUUAUCUCUGCUCUGUUUUUUGUUGCAGCCCUCAUGCCUUUGGCCAGUGACAUGGAGAGCUCAGUCUGAUGCUUGGCAGCUGAGACCACAUUGAUUCUCAGGACAACCUGGAAGACACCAACAGCAUGAUGGAGCCUGCAGUUCUGUGCUGUCCCGCCGAGCUGCAGCACUCCUGUGACAGCUCUGUCCAUCGGAGGAGCACAGCAAACCCAGUGCCCUGCUGCCCUUCUCCCUGGGACAUUCCUGCCCGUGCUGAGCAGGCAGCGCCAUUCCUGGCCUCUGCUGCUGGCUGCAGGACAGUGCAUCCCUCUGCACUCCUGAGCACAUGGAGGGCACUCUAGGUGAACAGCCUCUGCUGGAGAUGGCAAACAGCAUUGGCAAGGCCACAAGGCUCCUACAGAACCAAGGUCUUUGUCCACUUGGCUAUGGUAGUAGUGUCUACUACCGAGGCUCGUGAGGGGACAUGCUGUCAUGACACUGGGGCCUUGCAACCCCAUAGGGUGACCAGGAGGUGUCAUAUCAUUCUCCUUCACAGAACAUUACAGACCAUACUUCCCACUGACUGUGGAGGAGCUCUGGACCUUAUGUGAGGACCUCCCUUCCCAAGAUCUGGAGCUAUGGCUAAGCCAUUCUGUCUCAUCACAUCAGCCGAGGGCUCUUCUCAACAUUAAAGUCAUUGCAUGGGGCCUUUGCCUACUUGUAAUCAUGAUCUCUAAUUACCUGCUCAAAAAAGACCUUCAGGAGCUUUUGUCAGUAAUGGCCCCCACGGGAGCCAGUUGAUACUCAAAGACACUUCAGCAUUUCCUUCGUUGUGUGGUUACAUCAGCCUCCUCUCAGUAUCUGAAGUUAACAGACUCCGCAAACAUGCAGUGGGGCUCAUUACAGUGCAGAAAGACCUAACAAGCAUUUCCUUCAAGUUAUCCAGACUUGUCCAGUUAAUUAUUAUGGUUUCAAGGUUGUAGAUGAAGAGAAAACUUCCUAGGAUAAUUAAAAAAAAAGAGUUAAUCACGUUUAAGGUUUUUUUUAAUUACUUUUUUUGUUAAUCUAAGAAGUGAUUGAAGCUUUCUUCAUUUUAUAGUUUUCCCAGGCUGUCUCCUAAGGAGGUCUGGACAAGUAACUGCAUGGACAACCUUGCUCUCCACUUCCCUUCUCCACCACCUCAUUCAUGAGUCACCUCAGACUUGCAUCAUUUUUCCUUACAGCAGGUAUCUACGCUGAAUUCUACAGAUUCUUCCAGUUCCUUUGUGGAAAUGUACACUUUCUUUGUCUUGCAUAUCUCCCUAUGGACUCAGAAUUGUGUGCACAUAGGCUCUGGGCACUGGUCUGUGCCAGCUACAUUCAAUCAAACUUUACUACAAGACUGAGUUUCACAGGAAGAUCAAUUUAGAAAGCAAAUAUUUUCAGUGGAUCAGAAAGUUCACCUGAGGUGAAAUUGAUAAAAAAAAUUAAGAAUUAUAGCAACUGUCUUUUCACAACCUGGUGUGCUCAGUGGGAUGCUUCUUCCUCUUGUUCUCAGAAAACACUUGUCGGAAGCAAUCUGCCGUCCUCUUCCCACUAACAAAUUACUCAAUGGAGUAUAUAUGUGGGAGAACUCCGUUCAUACUCCAUGUCUUCUAGUUUAGACAAGAAGCUUCUCACUGAGAUGUCCUUUCUCAUUGACUUUUUCUGAAGGUUUUUUAUUUCCCGUUGAGAUGUAUUUAUUAUAGCAAGGAGCCCAGGCCUCCCUAUUCCCAAGUGCCUCUACACUCAGUAUCUGAUGAAGUCCAACAAAUACCAGGCAUUCUGGAGAAGAACUAUUUCAAAAAGAGAGGUGAAUAAACCUUUGCUAUUUUAUACCCAGGUAAAAUGCCAUUCAGGAAACUAUUUCUAACCAUCCUUUGGGCAUUUGCCAGUAGAAGCAAAGCAUGUCACUAGUGAUUUUGAAACAUGAGAACAACACAGCUCUCUUCACACACCUUUGCAAGGGGCAUUAAAAAUGACAGCUGGCCUGCAUGCAACUGAGUAAAACAGUCCAGUUUGACAAUGUCUAAGUGAGCAUUGGAAAGACUAACUGAAAAUCCAGACAAGACAACCAACCCGGCUGCUUACAAGUUCUCAUGUCACCUUCCCUUCAGUACCACGUGUGCUGUGCUGAGCCAGCAGUGCAGUAGGUCCUGGUGACACCUUUCCUGAGCAGUGUCUCUUUCUGCCAUCUGGACUUGUGCAUUUCAUGGCCCUGCAAGGAGGCCAGGUCCUUUUGGGACUCUGGAGGACUUCAGCCGGAGUUCCUUGCACAACUCGCUGUAUUGGAUGGUGGCUCUAAAAGCAGCUCAGCUGAGUGUGCUGUGCUCUUACAGAGUAAUUCACACCUUGCAUAGCUUGAUUCGUGAAUCAUAAGGCUGUCACUUUAGAACAGAAUUAUGGUUGCAAUCAAGGCUUUCCAGUACUUACAGCAAGUAUCAAAGUGAAGUUGUUGCAGAGUCUGCCCUGCUCCUAUUUUCCUCAGCAUGGAGGCUUAUGUUAAAUUCUACAAUGUGGUGGAUUACCUUCUGUAUGUGCUUUUUUUUCUUUUGGAACAAGGAAGCCAUUGUUUUCUCGAUUGAUACUGAGAUGUAAAUAUUUUUAAAUGCAUUGUUCUAAGGGCAAGAAAACAUUUUAUUGAUAACACUUCA